UCCGCCCCGCUGAGGUGGCGAUGAUGGAGGUGGCGGCGCUCUCGGGGCCGGUGCUGCCGGGCGCUCUGGCCCUGCUGCUGCUGCUGCUGUUGGCCGUGGUGGCCGCGCUGCGCCGCUCGGCGGCAACGGACGGCCCCGCGCCGCCCGUCCCCGAGCGGCGGCAGCAGCAGCAGCAGCAGCAGCGGAGGGCGAGGCCGCCAGCGCGGGCCCGCAGGGACAGAGCGCAGCAGCAGCAGCAGCACCGCUUCGCCCACCGCCUCUUGGCGGCCGCACUCAAGGGCCACAGCGGCACCAUCUCCUGCCUAGACUUCAGCAGCAAUGGCAAAUACCUGGCAUCAUGCGCUGAUGACCGCACAGUCCGGCUGUGGAGCACCCGGGACUUCACGGCGCGGGAGCACCGCUGUCUGCGGGCCAACGUGGGGCUGGACCAUGCUGAGCUGGUUUGCCUCAGCCCCGACUCACGGGCAUUCAUUGUUUGGCUGGCCAAUGGCGAAACUAUUCGUGUCUAUAAGAUGGCAAAGAAGGAUGAUGGCAGCUUCACCUUCACUGCAGCUUCUGGAGACUUCCCAAAGAAGCACAAGGCUCCCGUCAUUAAUAUAGGAAUUGCAGAGACAGGAAAGUUUAUCAUGACGGCUUCCAGUGACACCACCAUCCUAAUCUGGAGCCCGAAGGGCGAGGUCCUGGCCAGCAUUAACACUAACCAGAUGAACAAUGCCUAUGCCACGGUGUCGCCCUGUGGAAGAUUUGUGGCAUCCUGUGGCUUCACCCCUGAUGUGAAGGUGUGGGAAGUGUGUUUUGGCAAGAACGGAGACUUCCGGGAGGUGGCCAGGGCUUUCGAGUUGAAAGGCCACACUGCCGGUGUAUAUUCCUUCUCCUUCUCUAACGACGCGAGGAGGAUGGCGACUGUUUCGAAGGACGGGACAUGGAAGUUCUGGGACACGGAUGUGGAAUAUAAAAAGCAGCAGGAUCCAUACCUGCUUCUGACGGGCAAGUGUGAGGUGACGGAGCCGUGUCGCAUCGCCCUGUCUCCUGACGCUCACGUCGUUGCCAUCUCCAGUGGCGCAGACAUCGUUGUGUACAACACGCGGAGGGGCGAGGAGGAGGAGCGCUUCCUUGCCGUGCACGGACAGAGCGUUGCGGACCUGGCUUUCGACACCAGUAGCCGCUACCUGGUGUCGUGUGGGGACCGGACCAUCUGCAUCUUCCACAACGCUGCCGGUCACCGGGCAGUGAUGGAAGAGAUGGAGACCAUGCUGAAAAAGACGGCCAACACUGCCACGCGGGAGCGGCUGGAGCAGCAGAUUGCCAGUGCCCGCAAAGCCCUGGCCGCCAUCUACGGCAAGAAGCACUAAUCCACCCUGCGGGGCUCUGAGGACUCUUUUUUAAUAACCCUGUGUCAGGGACCAGUUUGAGAACUCUGAGUUCAAGCCUGGUUCGACAGAUUCUAGACUCCUGAGGCAAAUAAAGGUGCAGCCACACCGUGCAACCAGAAACAUGCAGAAAAAAGGAAUUUUAUUGAGCAAGGAAUAAAAAUGGUGUAUUUGAUCGUUUAAGUGAAUAAGGAAAAGGGGAAAAGAAGAGGAAACAGAGAGGAAAAGAGAAAUAAAAAAGAAAUAGAAAAGAGAUUCGAGGUGCGACCUCGACAGCGCCGAGUCCAGGGGCCGUGUCCCUCCUUAAGCUAUUUGAGGCAAACCUGAUCUGCUCCUUGUAAUAAAGGAGCGCAGGUGGGCGCCCAGAACCUCCUCGCAUGCUGUCCCACAGGGCAGUUCCUCUGCCCGGUCUCCCUGCGGCCACUCCGGGUUCAUUUGUGGGACUCGUCCCUACUCGCUCGCAUCCCAUAUCCCGUGAGAACGACUGCUGGAAACAGGGCUUUGACCGGGGAUUUCUGUGGGAGGUGGUCAGAGAAGCUGGAUCUGCAUGGGAGGCCUGCAGCGCUCCUUCCCCCAGGCCCAGGGGCUUCCAUGCCCGGCGCAGGCCCUGGCGAGGCCUCCGUGUCCGCUGCGGUGCCAACUCAACUUGCCCCAACUCAAGAUGGCGGCGGCGUCGCCCCUCCCAGCUCAGCGCAGCCUCCGGGAGACCCCUUAAGCGCUAC